CUUUCACUGUCACCAACGUCAAAGGUUUUCGUAAUGGCUGUUUCGGUGCGCAUACGGGUCCGCGCAUGUCCUAUGGCGUCGAGUUGUUAUUGUUGAGAGCGUUUAAUUAUUUUUAACAAUAUUAUGUGCGUUUGUACAGACUUUUUACCGGAAAAUAUAAUAAGUAGUGAGUGUUACGUUUAGUUAGUUCAGUGCUCCGAAUAAAAUUCUCUGUGGAAAAGCAGUUACGGAGUCAAAAGCCUGCAAAAAUUAACAUUGGAUGGCUCUCCCUACAAUUAUUUGCGUGAGCGCGCCCGCUCGGGGCCCUCGUGAUUUUCGGCGCGACAAGUCGCGCCUGCUUCUUUUGUAAAUGGCCCCCGAUGGUGGUCAUCAGGGAGAAGAAGUCUCCACUGUAAUCACCUGUGAGGGGACGCUUGGCCACCCCGAGUUUCCCCGCCAGUUUCAAAAAGUUGUUGAUAGGUUGAAUGGUCUCUUGGGCGUUCCGGUGAAAGUUCGCAAGCUGGAGCCGUGGAACUCUGUGCGCGUGACGCUGUCGGUGCCGCGCGAGGCGGCGUUGCGUCUCAGACAGCUCGCGCAGCAAGGAGCGUCGCAGCUACGCGCGCUUGGUAUACUGAGCGUUCAACUGGAUGGCGAGGGAGCUGUUUCUCUGCGGUUGCAAGGCGCCAAUGGAGAGCCCCAAGAAGUUAUUUUAAGGACCACUCAAGAUGGUUCCACUAGUAAUCCAAGCUCUGUUCCUCUCGGAUUGGGAGCAUUGCUGCCUAAUGCAAGCGGAAUUUCGGGCAGUUCCGCUAGCAGUUCUCAAGUGCAAUUCAAGUCGCCCAACGUGGUAUGUCCUCCCGAUUCAGUGGUACCACGAGUGGGCACCAACAUGGGUCCGCCACAAAGUACUAUCAGUACUAAUUCCCUUAAUAAGCCGCCUUAUGCAGGGCCGUUUCCCUUUGCCAGCAUGAAUCAAGCUAUUCAUAGCCAAAGCAAUAAUGGUAGUAGUGGAGCACCGAAUGCCGCGAGAAAUAGCAACAUGGAGCCUCCGCCACCAUUUUUGCCUCCUCCUUAUCCAGGGGUCCGACAGUUAUCUAAUACCGCACUAGUACAGCCUGCUAAUCAACCGGUAGUGACGAUUUCCAGCCCGCUUCUGGUUAAUCUGCUUCAGAAUGAUCAACAAGUUGGUAUAACUUCUGUCGCGAGUUCAAACACAAUUAGUAGGUUACCAGAUUUGCCCGUGAAGGCAACGUCAACGUCAACUGUAGUGAGACAAAUGCGACCCCCUCCUCCACCACUGUCUACUAAAGCUACAGCAGGCAUAUUAGCUCCACCUUCACCGCAAAUAUGUUUGCCCAGUACAACGGUGCCUUCUGUACAGACCCAGCAAAUCAAACCUAAUUCGUCAGCUCCGCAUCAGGUGUCAUCCAAUCACCUCAUCACCUCUCAGGCUAACGUGCUAGUGAAUUCGAGUAACAAUAAUCUUAGUAGUAAUCUAGUUAGCAGUAAUUCGUCAGUGUCACCACCAAGCGCCUUAUUGACCUCAAUAGCCUCAAACAGCAGCCCAAUGGCAAAUAGUUCCGGCACUCAUAUGGCUCCCCAUAGUUCUGUUGUGACAAGCACUCAAUUAGCCAUUAAUAAUAUAGCCAAUUCCUUGGCAAAUGCUGCAAAUAACAUUACAAAUAAUUCCAAUAAUGCGAUGGGUCAACAAGUCAUGUUUGGUGCGCGGAAAAGACCUUUUAUUCAACCAAGUGCCCAGUCGAACAUGCCACAAUAUCAAAGGACACCCCAAGGCAGUAUCAUUGCGGUUAAUAAACUGGUAUCUAAUCAAGUAAUGGGUUCAUCCAUCCAGAGCAACAUUCCGUUGCAUCAGGUGCAGCGUACAAGUAUGCCUUUGAUACAGACGCAAACUGCACAGGUGCUGUUACGUCAACAACAACAACAAAUAACGAACAUUCCCCAGAAAACAGUCAUGUUUACUCAGAAUAACCUUGCACCUUCGCUCCAAAACACUUUACUGCAUCAGAAUCAAGCGAAAUUGUUGUCCAGUAACACGAAUUCGAUACUAUCCGAUCGCGGCAACGGAGUGUCUGGAAGUAAUGUUGCAAUGUCUGGAAGCAAUCAUAUGCUGACACCUGGAAGUAUAGGAGGCUUAGUAGGAAGUGGUAUUAUUAGAAGUGGGCAAGCAGCUGCGCAUAGCAUUGUUGGUCAAAGUAUUAAUGUUGGCAUGAUGACUCAUGGACAGCCACAGAUGCGAUGCAAUAUUUCAAUGGGAAUAACUCAGUCUGAUGUUCUAAGUACUCAGGGAAUGUUUCAGACUGCGUCUGUAGAAUCAGUUGUUAAAAAGCCAUUGCCAUCGCCACCACCAUAUAAUGUUGCCAUCUCGCGAAAUUGGGAGUCACUAAUGGGAAAUCCAUCAAACAUCCUAGAUUUGGCACCGUCUUUAACCGAUUUAAAACCGGAUGAGUUGGAUGAACUUUUACCUACUUUAGAACACGAUGCUUUGCCUGAACUCUCAGAAUUGGAGCUAUUGAGUACCGGGCUCAGUGCAAACUCAGAUGGCUCGUCCAAUUUGUGCGAAGAAAAUGGAAGUAAUAAUAAUGCAAGCAACAUAGCACUAAUUGAUCCAGCCAUCGAAGCUAGUACAAAUAAUGUGGAUGCAGACGGGAGAAAAUUUCUUAUAAAUCCACUAACGGGAGAAUUAGAACCCCAUUCUGGGGGAGAAGAAAGCGACACUGAAGAUGUCAAGGAUGUUUUCACUGGUUUACCCUCGCCUCUGGGCCUGUCCGAUGAGGAUACUAAUUCAACGACUAGACCCGAUACGAAUACAGAUCAAAGUGACAGUGAAACGAGGUCAAGCACUGAAGGAAAGCAUUCAAGAGUUAAAAAUUCAAAACUGAAGAGGGAAGGAAGGGAUUCACCGGCUCAUAAAUUGCCUCCGGAGAAAAUCAAGCUUCGUCUUAAGCUAGAAAAGAAUGAACCGAUCAAUCCUGCAUACAAGGUCGACGUCAGCUUCAUCAACACUCAGCAGCCAAAGAAGGCGUCUACCUCAAUAAUGACUCCGAUCAGUUUAGCUCCGGGGGGUAGCGAAGAACUUCGUGUGCCACCGCUUCACAUAUCCCUGCGUGGACGUAAUUCGGCGGUGAUUAAAAAUAAGGUGAAACUGAAUCCCGAUGGAACUCCUGUGGUAAAGAAAGCAAGGAAAUUGCAGAAUAAGACCAGGAAAGAUGGAGGUAGCGAUCAAGAAGGUGGCGAUAUCAGUGAGCAUAGGAAAGCGAAGAGGCUAAAGACGAAUCAUGAGCAUAAGGAUCUUCUGGCGACACUAUCAGAUCUGCCUCACUCGCCACAGAACAAUACAAUCUCGAAAUACUUGCACAAUCAUCAUUAUGCGAAAGACAAGCAAAAGGAGCGACGUGGGUCUGACUCCGAGCUUGUUCGAUUAAACAACAAGAGACAUGAUACGAAUGGUGCCCUGGUAUCAGAUGAAAAAAGAAGGCGACUUAGCCAGUCGGAGGGUGAAAAAAGACUUAACGAAGAUGAAGUUGUGCCUUCUGUUUUGGGGUCUACCAAUGUUGGAACGGUGGGUGUCCUUCCGCAGAAAAUUCGAAAAGAUAAGCUAAAAAUCAAGGAUAGCUUUAAAAUCAAGGAAAAUAAUAGUCGGAAAAUAUACUCUACACCCAAGUCCAAUCUUAAUCUGAAUACUCCUCCAUCGCCGUCAGAUAAGAAACAGCAAACUACUGUACCUGUGUCGUUACCAACUGCAUUGGAUAUGGAUAUGGAAGCCAAAUUUAAGCAAAGCCUCAUGGAGGGCGUCAUAGGAGAAAAGGGAAUUCCUCGUCCACCGCAUCGGACUGUCGAAGUAAUGGGUCAUGUGCAGGUGGAUGGAGGGGGAAUAGCAAAUAUGACGGAAAAGGGUCUCCAAAGUUCUUCAGACCCUAAUCAGAUAUCGGAAAUAUCACAAGAGAAGUCGCCAGAACCGGAGAAGUGCAAUUUAGCAGAUAGAGAUCGAAAGUCUAUAGAUUCGCUACAAGAUAAACAACUGAAUAAUGUGGUGACGUCGGGAGGCCGAUCACCUAAUUCUGGAAGCAGCGGAGGGCAGGGAGAAGAUAGCGGUAUUGAAAGUAUGGACGCAUUAAGUGAGAAAAGUCCAAAUCAGGCGAGCCAAAGUCCGCACGCUGAUAUCAUAUUACCUAAUGUGGUGGUUCCCACGUCUAAAACACAAGUGCCUGACAUGCUCGAUAUUGAGGCUCAGCUUGCUAAAAUGGAAGGUUUGGAGCCACAUCAAGAGGAACUGCCAAUUAAACUCCAGAAAGGCAACAACACAAUUCUAACACAGUCGAACAAUUCCGAUAAUUCAUGUACAUUGGAUCGGUCUCCUGACAGGACAACUGAGGACGUAAAUGAAAACGAGUGCAUUCACAGAAGCGACUCGAAGCCUUGCUGUGACUUAACCUGUACAUUACAGGGUGACCUAGAAAAAGACAUUACGAAAAGUGAUGUAGGAAAAGAAGAUAUUUCGACACUUAAGGCGGCGAAAACUGAAGAGCUUCAAUCGCCAAAGUCCCCACCUGCUCUUCGAGUUGCGGCGGUUCUCUAUUCGUAUUCAUCAAAUGCUGUUGACAAGGGCGGAGGAGGUCAAGACUCAAGAGGGGGUAGCGAAAGUCCCAUGUUGACCACUGAAGAUGAGGAUAGCAAUAUGGGACAUUCGAUGGAAUCCCUCAACUCCCAGCAGCAGCAGCAACCCAAUAAUAAAAGCAAAAGCUUACUCGAACAGCUACUGAUUGAAAUUCCAUCAGAGAAUCACAGCUCUGUUGCACCGAAUUCUCAUAGUCCAGCAGCUAGAAAUUCUAAUUUCAGAUCGUCAGUUCGAACACGGGCUCUCAGUAAAUUAAAUAGCCCUGAAAUUAGCUCACCGGCACCGAAGAUUGGCAAAGUCGCUCCUCCAUCUACAACCGCUAAAAGAAAAAGGAAUGAAAGCGACAGUUCCAACCAUAGCUUAGAAGAGUUGCGAAAGCGACCUCGCAAAGGCUCUGAAGCAUCUGAAUUGGGAAAAAGAACUGUUCAUAAUUCAACCAAUUCAUUGAAGAAGGUUGGCAAAGUGACAAACUCGCAAAAUCCUCAGCAGCAAGAGGAGAGCUCAGAUAGUGAUGAACCCCUCAUUGAGAAACUUCGAAAAAAUGUCCCCAAAACAGGCAUCAAAGUUUCGAAAGGUGUCGGCGCACAGACAGCCCCUCACAUGACUCCGGCUAGUCAAGUUAAUCAUAAAACCAAUAUUAGGAGGUCAGCAAGAGCAGGGCAGCAGGACAAGCAGAUGCAUCAAGAUAAGCAACAGCAACCGGCGCAAAAUACUCGAAGUAGAGAAAAGGUCGUGCAACAACAGCAGCAAAUAAGUCAUUCUCCACAGCUGCAACAGGCCACACACACUAAUGCUGAAGCCGAGGCGGCACUUAGAAGAAAAACGCGAAGUGCUGAUAUGGAGAGUAAGCGUAAAAAAGAGGUAAAGUGACAUCACGGGUCAGGCUGGUCAUUUACAGAGGCUGGCCACCGUUAUCUUCAACUGCUCCCAGCUUACGAGCCGUAUUUGCAUAACUAUGUUAAUCCGGAGGAGGAUUUUCAAUUGUCCAGCGAGGACAGUAGUGUUGAUCCUAUGGAUGACAGUCAAACAUCUCCCAGUGAGGAUGGAAGCAGCAGCAGCAAUGAUUCAAACUUUUCUUCUUUAAGCGGUUCAAACAGUGAUGACGAUUGAGUCGUAGCGGGGAUGUGUAAAAAGGUCGAAAUCUUGUGAUAUUUCAGAGCAGCCGCUUAAGAUAUUUUAUUGAUAAUGACAUACAGAAAAGGGGACAAAGAAUAUGAAUAUUAGAGUCUUUGUUGUUCGACGAAAGUGUUUCCAAAGAAACAAAUUAUUUUGGUUUAAACUUUCUAUAUUUACAACGGGUUUGACUGCAUAUCCGAAUUCUUUUAGUUGGUCCGUAUACUAAGCUAUUUUAACUUUAUAAUGACAAGUCAUUUUUUUAGUUAAUAUUACUUAAUGAAAUGUUACAGCCUCCUCAAAACUUUACAUGUAUGUUCAGAAAGCGAUAUUGGGACUGGAUUCUUUUUAUUCUUUAAAAAUGGUCAAAACGUCGGCGAGUUUUAGUGAAUAAAAUAAAUUUUAAAUCCAGUUUUAAACUCGCCAUUCUAAUUUACUAUUUUAUGAAUGAUGUUAAUCACUUAAUUAAUGUAAUAUUAAUUAAGCUUCGGACUGACUGGUCAAUUUUAUUUUCGGAUAAACGUCAUUAAGAGUCAUUAAUUUUACUUUUUUGGUUACUUUUUACUUUUACAUUGCUUCAUUUGCAUAUGCAGUCUUGAAUUGGGAAUAACAAACAUCUGAAGAACUUGCUUGUAGCUAUUCUAUUGCAGUUGGAAAACUUGUAUAACCUCAAUCCUGUUGCUGGUUCUUCGGGAAUUAAUUGUUCUACUUAGGUUUUCAUCUCAAAUGCAAAUGUAUAAUUUUUCACUCUCUCAGCACAUUGUUAGAUCUAAUCAAAUUGAAUGUUCUGAGGUUACAUUUUUAAAGCUCCAAAUAUCUCAACGUUUCUAACCUUGGUAUCAUCCUCGGGGCUGUUGUAAGGUGGGUUUAGAAUUUUAGUGGAAAUUGUGGCAAUCCAGAGGCACAUUUUUGUCUGAGUUCUAACAGAUGAAAAAUCAUUAGAUAUCUAAAUUUACUUUAAGCGUAAUGUCUAACUUUAACUUGAGUAUUAGCAUUCUUUAUACAAUGACAGCUAUACAUAACGAAUGUGCCUUUGUAACUGAAAAGUAUAAGUGUACUACUUAGUGUUCAAAAUGCGCCUUUCAAAGACAGCUAUCAUCAUUUUUUCCUAUAUUGUUCAAUUUUCAAGAUAAAAGUUGGUCCAACUUGAUCCCGGCCUCUUGAUUGUCACAUUCCGUUUGGGAACGGUUGCAAGUCUUUGUGAAAUCAGAAUGAAUACAAACUUUACACAGAUUGUGAUAUGCGUACGCGGAACAUCAUUGUCCAAUUGUGUAUGUGUUCUAAUAACGCGAUGUGAAUAAUAUGCAGCGAUGUGUUGAAUUUUUAUAGCGAAUCACUUUGUAGAUAUGGAGCGUGUUAUCAUUAUCGCUAGUUGAACAUUUUUUUCGGUUUCGUGAUAAUAAAUUGUUUAAUGUCAUAAAGCGGAGAACUCCGCAGGUAUUGUUUAUGUUUGCUGUUUUUGUUACAUGUAUGUAGCUCGUGUUAGGAAGAUAAUUAAUUGAGGGAUUUAAACGAAUUUAAUUUUUUUUGCUUUAUACACUUGCGUUUAAGAUGCUUUUCGCUCUGCUCACAGACACGUGUAUGAACUACCGACCUUUAAAAUGUGUUGCAAAUUCGAAUAUGUCGGAUGUUUUUCUGCUUAAUGUUUUUGUUGUAUUUAUUUUUUUACAAUCAAAUUGUCCAGUGUAUUUCACUUAAGCGCGUCUAUUGUAAAUAUUACGUAAACAGAAAAGCAAUCUGCUAAAAGGUAGCCGUGAGCAGAGGAAGUUGUGUUCUAUAGAAUCUGUGAUUAAACUUUUUUUUGUAAUGUUUACAUGUGUGAGUGUGUGGCACGAUAAGUGCGUAGUGAUAUCAGUUGUUAUCUUUUAUCAAAUGCUUCUUUAUAAUUUAAUUAUGAAUAGAAAUGUGGUGUAGGUGGCGUGAUUUAAAUUUUAGUUUAUUCAACAGCCCGGACAUUACAAGUUCGAAAAACAGCAUUGAAAUAAGGCUAAAUUAGUUGCGCAAUUUUAAAUUCACCUUCUUGAUAGACGUUCGCGGGUAUAUUAAUUGGCUGGAUGUGGUAUAAAUCUGUUAUCUAAAUUGCACUUUCUUCAUGGAUGUUCUCGUUUUGGCCAUAAGAAAGUAUUGUAUAAAUAAAUGAAAAACGUCAAUGUGGGCUUCAGACGACUUCCUGUCACUCUAAGUUUUUUCAAUAAAAUUAUACUUAGGUAUUUAAAAUCUGAAUUAAUUUAGCGUUGUGCUAAGCGAUUUAUUAUCCCUGUAUAAAACAGUUUUAUAGCGACGAUGGGGAAACGUUAUAGUCGGGGAGGCAGGGAUCUAUUUUGAGUAGUUUUGUGCUGCUAGAUUUUUAUCUAUACUGAUAAAUGAGCAACAAAAGUGAAGGUCAGCUGGCGCACCCGCAGGGGUUGGUGCUAUGGCUCCACAUGGAACAUGUAAAAAAAAGUUGUUCUGAAUCAUUUUAGACAACCUGAUUUUUCUAACUUUUGUCGGAUAUUAAGUAGAUAUAACUUUACUAUAAAAAUUGAUUAGUUUUUGGGGCACUUUGCAGUCUCCUUUUAUCAAGAAGUCAGUACUUAAAUCCUCGGGCAAUCGUUUAGGCUGGAUAUUACGAAGUAUCGAGAUCACUUCUAACUAGCACUCCGGUAUAACGUUUUACAAUUUUUCCCCGUUUAUUGACACUGUUAAUUUUUUUAGAAAAUGUCUUUUAAAUGGUCCGGCUCUGUGUGUUGAUUUGGUAGGGUCCUUCAACAAAGAGUGAAUGAAGAAAAGUAAAAAAAGACUCAUUCAUUUUUAUAAUAUUUUCAUUGCACACUUUGUCAAAGGCUGUGAACCUCGCGAGUCACACGCCACUCGGCCUUCUCCAUAUUAUAUGUUUUUUGUGCCUGCUGCAUAUUCUGCAGUACCUUCAUUUUCAUUACAAGUUCACACGCCCAGCUGACUAUUUUUUUAAAUAUUAUCUAGUCUUUAAUUCAUGGAAAAAAAAUUAGGUUGUCUGAAAUGAUUUUGAAAAAACUUUUUUCCACAUGUUCCUUAGCAUCCCACACUCGCUAAAAGAGCCUCUGUUAUAACUUGACUGUCUGGAAGCCAUGCAUAAUAUCAAUGAAGUCCAAAUGUAUUACACUCGCUAUAAUUUAUCUGUCACUCCCCAUUUAGAGCAACCGAGUAUCGAAAAAUCUUCUGAGUAUUAAAGUGUGAAUUACCUUUCAUGUGUGAAAACAGAUUGGCGCAAUUUUUGGCGCAACAAGAGAAAUCAUCAAAAUCAGUUGUAUACAUUUCCUAGUGUCUUCAAAGUUCCAUGGUAUUUUGAAAUUUUCAAAUGAUUUACAAUAUUAUUGGCUUCUCAUUAAUGGAAACGAAAAUUUGUUUGUAUGAAUUCUAAGUAGCAUUUAUUGUAAAGUUGCAGUUUUGUUAUAGCUUAUAUUUAUGAUUAUUACACGAAACCGUAUGGAGUUAAUUUUCCGGCACAUUUGGUCAAUGAUAAGUGUUCUCGCGCAAAGCAAAAACCAACUAAAAUCUAGAACCUGUAUAUAGUUUAGGCAAAUUUAAAUAAAAAUGUACAUAGUAUAUAUAAAAUUAAGAAGCUAUAGCGUAUAUUCAUAGUAAACAGAGGUGUAUAUUAAUAAAUAUUAUUGUACAUGUGGUAUUUUACAUACGGAGCUAUACUUUGCAUAAUAAUAUAUUAUACAAUAUAUUUUAAGUAUUUUUUCUUUUUAUUUUCUUCAAACGUUUUCUGCGUAAGGGAAACUGGGAUUUACUUGACAAUCGAGCUUAUGUAAUUUAGGAAGGCUGAAUUGGGCUUUUGUUGCAUAUAGUUGAAUAUAGUUUCUUUUUUUAAGUCUAAAACUAUUUAAAAUUUGUAUCAUUUAACUAACAGCAGCUAGCAAGACUAGUUGAGUUAACCCAAGUUUGUUUCCAUAGAAUUUAUUUUCGAAAAUGCACUGCCAAUUUGCAAUGUCUUGCAACAGCUUUACAUUUUGCUAGAUAUAUUCAUGAAACACAGCGGGGCUCCUAAACCACAUAAAUUCUCAACUCAAGUAAGUACUCUAUUGUACAAAGUUGUUAUGACAUUGUUUUUGUUUAGCUUAGUUAUAUUGUACUUGUAUGUAAUUUGUUUGUAUUUAUAAUUUAUAUUACGGCAUCAAGGGUGUUGGUUCCGAAUCCGACCAGACUAUUAAGAAAUUACGAUUUUACACACUUCGUGUGUAAAUAACUCGCAUAGUUUUGCCAGCACUGUUCCGAUGUGCAUUUUUAUUUAUUUUGUGUAUAAAGGUGUAGAAAUUUGGGUCUGAAUUUAGACAUUAUGUUAAUGUUUAGAAAAACUGAAGCUUUACACAUAUUUUCACUACACGUUGAAUAAGUACGUUUAGUUACUUGUACUUUAGAAUGUAUAUUUGCUACAUUUUUUAAAUAAAUUAUUAUUUUAGUUGUUACCUUAAGCAUUACUGAAUGAAUGUUUCCUUUCUUUGACUUGCUGCAGAACUCGGUGGGAGAAUAGGAUUAUUUUUUAAUUGAUUUAGUUUUUAGUUGACUGUUAGUUAAAUUGGAGAAAAAUUAUAACUAUGCCGAUUUUCAUUUGCCGAUUAUCUUUGAUCAUUAGCAACUCAAGUUUUCAAUGUAUUUGUUUCAUCUAUUCAAUAAUUCCUUGAAGGCUCUGGCGUGUAAAGCACUUAAAAUAUCAAAAUGUUGUAUUUAGUUAGUUCACCUACCCAGUCUAGGUAGCUUUGAUUUGAAAUAUGUCAAGCUUAUGAAAGUACCAAUUGAUGAUCAAUCGUACAUUCGAUAUAUUAUCGAGAAGAUAAAGAUUGCGGGUAAAUGAAAUUGUAGCAGAAUUUGAAGCGUUUUGAUCAUAUUUUCUGAAAAACCACCAUUCUUUAUAGGAAGACGUUUAAGUUUGUAUGGUCGGAUUCGAACUCUAGGCUUUCCAGUUGCCUUACGCAGAACACAAUUUGACUUGUAAUGUUCUUAAUUGUAGAUUGUGGAAAGGUUGAUUAUAAAAUAUACAUUGUUAAAUAGAAAUACCUUGACAUUUA